CACCAUGCCAGACGAUUAUUCCCGCCAGUUUGAGGGCCAAGUGGUCAUUGUGACAGGGGCAAGUUCAGGUCUUGGGGAAGAGAUGGCCCUGGUAUUUGCCGAGAGAGGCGCCAAAGUGACCUUGUGUGGUCGGAACGUGGAAAGACUUGAGGUCUCUAUGGCCAAGUGUCAGAAAGCAGCGGGAGGCGCCAAAGACAGAUUCAUCACGGCUAUAGGAGAUGUCAACGAUUCUCAGGUGAGGAAAAACAUCAUCGAGUCGACAGUAAAAGCAUUUGGUCGUCUUGACGUUCUGGUAGCCAAUGCUGGGAUGGGUCUGCACACAGAAGGCUUCAUGUCAGAGAGCGAAGAGUCAUACGACGUUGUCUUCAACAGUAACCUAAAGGCGCCGUUCUUCCUGGUCCAAGAGGCUAUUCCAGAGCUGGAGAAGACCAAAGGGAAAGUGGUCAUCAUCUCUUCCAUCGGAAGCACCACUGCCACGGGCAGGUUCAUCGUCGGCGCCGUGGCUAAGGCGGGGCUGGAUCACAUGACGCGCUGUUUGUCUCUUGCGUUAGGACCCAAAAACAUCCGUGUAAACUGCGUGAACCCGUCCAUCGUCUAUACCCGAGCCUACCGCUAUUUCGACGAAAAAAUGGGUUUUGACGUGAUGAAGAAAGCGAUGGAAAACCAGGGUCCUCUCCACCCCCUGAACGGACGAUGCUCCACAGCCAGGGAGCAGGCCAACGUGGUGGCAUUUCUGGCGAGCGGAGACGCCAAUUUUGUUACGGGACAGUGCGUAAAAGUAGACGGGGCUGUGACUCUCAACCGAUCAACGCAACCUCUGAAGGACUGAACUGGGGGACUAACCAGAAGUCAAUGUACUCGUACUGGCCGUUCUUCCCAACGACAGGAAGCGUCGUAGCCUGGAACAGCUAUGAUAGUAAUAAUGUAUUUUAAGUAUUUAAUUGUAACAGAAGUAACGACGGUCACACAGUGAUUUCAGUAUGCCGCACAGCUAUUCAGGAUACAAAAUAUCAGCUAAAAUGUCUUCUUGUAGUAAAAAAUAAAGUGCACGCUCCAUUUAUCUAUC